GCAGCGGCCGCGGCAGCGGCCACAGCAGCAGCAGCAGCAGCAGCAGCAGCAGCAGCAGCAGCAGCAGCAGCAGCAGCAGCAGCAGCAGCAGCAGCAGCAGCGACAAUAGCGACAAUAGCGACAAUAGCGACAAUAGCGACAAUAGCGACAAUAGCGACAAUAGCAGCAGCCGCUCGCGCCCCACCGCCGACAUGGUGUCCCCCGUCACCGUGGUGAAGAGUGAAGGUCCCAAACUGGUGCCCUUCUUUAAAGCCACUUGUGUCUAUUUUGUCCUCUGGCUGCCAACUUCCAGCCCCUCCUGGUUCAGUGCUCUCAUUAAAUGUCUACCCAUCUUUUGCCUGUGGGUUUUCCUUCUGGCCCAUGGAAUUAACUUCUUAGUGUCACACCGGAGUGCCAGCCGCAUCCUAGCGGGACUCAUAUUCUCAGCAGUGGGAGAUGCCUUUCUCAUCUGGCAGGAGCAGGGCUACUUCAUUCAUGGUCUGCUGAUGUUUGCCAUCACACACAUCCUGUACUCUUCAGCCUUUGGCAUGAAGCCUUUGGACCUCAAAGCCGGCUUGUUGAUGGGCCUGGUUUCCGGUUCCUGUUAUGCCUUCCUGUACUCCUACCUCUCAGGCCCGUUCACCUACCUGGUCGCUGUCUACAUCGCCUUGAUUGCCUUCAUGGGCUGGCGGGCAGUGGCCGGCAUGCAGCUGUGCAACGACCUCUGGACAUGGACCAAGCUCUCUGCCUGCAUCGGCGCGAUGCUGUUCAUGGUGUCCGAUCUAACCAUUGCACUUAACAAGUUCUGCUUCCCCGUGCCCUACUCGCGCUUCAUCAUCAUGGCUACUUACUAUGCAGCCCAAAUGCUUAUUGCACUGUCAGCUGUAGAGACCAGAGAUGAAGAGGACUUCAGAAAGAGGAGCUAGGUGGAGUGCCAAUAGUCUGUGAACACGUGGGUUAUAUCUCAGGUGCUGUAGCUGCAUUCACCCCUGAGAGAGAUCUCCAUUUCUCUAGGCACACUGGUGAUGUUGAUUUUGCUUCUUUGAAGCAUUACCUUUGGGAAUUAUUUUUUUUCAAUGGCUUUCUCUGAAUAAAGCUUACUUCAGUGUGGGGUCCACAUCAGAAAGCUUAGAAUGUCCCUGCAGUAGUUACUCAUUCAACUUUUCCUUCUUGGAAGUGCUGUACUACUGCAUUUUAUUUGUUAGUCUUGAAACUGAUGCUAAAUGUCUAGGAAGUGGAGAGCUGAUGGAAAGGAGGUUUAGCCAUGCACUGUGUUAAAAGGCUUGCUCUCAACUGAAGGCAGACAGGCACAGAUCUCUGCUGAAGUCAUAGGUAAAAAUUAAUUUAACUGAUGUUUGUCUCUGUGCAUUACAAACUCAGUAUGCAAACUGGAGCUAUUGCCUCUGCUGAAAAGAAAACUUGGAGGGAGAGUAAAAACAGCAUAUCCAGAUAGGAACUGAGCUUUAGAGUCAAGGGCAGCAUGUGGGGCAGCACCCAGCAGAACCAGCAUGACAGCAGAACCCCAGGCUGAGAGCACAGAGCAAGAGGUGUGCUGACAUGCAGUGCUGUGUGCUUUGGUCAUGGUGAUCACUGCCUCAGGGCAGAUCUGUAGGUGUAAGCCAGCAUUGCCAUAUGUGGCAGAACUAGGAGUCUGGUGGGAUUUCAGGGACAUCUCAGUAGCCAGGCCAACAUGUUCCCCCUCACCUUGUGUGUGCAGUUAUACAGUGCCUGUAGCCAGCAGUGACGGCUGGAAUGUAAUGGGCACACGAGGAACUUCGAUUUUUACAGCAGAAUUUUGAUCUCCUGUCUUACUAGUGUAUACCCUAGUUGUCCUUAGUACAGAAGACAGGAAUCCAACCUUUAUGCCUUUCUUCCCCAGUGUCCUAACAAGUAAUAUUCCAUAUACCCAUUAAGCUUUAGAGUACUGCUGCCUGCAGUAUUUGAAUCUUCAUCUGAGCAUUUCUUGUGGUCAAGGCCUUGAUUUUGGAUGUAGAUUGUUAUUGGGCUUUGCCAGCUGGUGGUAAACGAUCAUCUUUGCACCACUUCUCUUUUUUUAGAAAGCCCCUUUUCAGGAGAGCUUCCUGAAAUGCACUGUCCUGUGUGUUCAAAAUGCCUGGUGCUUCCCUCUUGAACUCACAGGGACACAGUGAGAAUGCACAGAUGGGGCUGGGAAAGCCUAUUUAAUUCUGAUCCAAAUUCUUUGGAUGGUUUGUCUGCCCAUCUGUUUAAGCAAGAUUAUUUCUGACUUCAGACUUUCUUAAAAAGAUGUAGGACGAGGUUGCCUUGAUUUUUAGUCCAAGUUCAUUUGUGAUCAUAUGUAUAUUUUUUCCUCUUAUUUAGGAUACGUAUCAGCAAGCUCUGUUUCUAUAUGAAACUAUAUUACUAUCUUGAAUGUGCUUCUUCCUUCUGUCCAUCCUCAGGCCACUCCCUUGGGCUGAGGUGCUUCCCCAGGGGCUUGUUUUAAGACACAAGUGCACUCAGGUGUGCAGAGGAAGCUUGCUGAGCAUUCCUGCCCCUCUUUAAACUGCAGCCAAACAGGGACAACCAGAACAGACUGCACAACUUGAAUCCAUUGAAUCCUCAACAGCCCUUUGCACAUGCCCACAUGGGCAGAGGGAGCAAGAGGGGCAGCACUCCAGACCAGCCUUGUGGGGUGAAAAAUCAUCACUGUCUCCAUACCUAGCAUGCUCGGACCAUUCCAGACAAAACCCUGGCACUGAGUCCCUAGCCCAGUCUGCAGAAGAGGGAUCUGUCUUUGCGAGGAGUCUGGCGAGUUCAGGGGCAGCUGAGGAACCCCUACCAGCCCUGCUGGCUUUCCCCUUGGUGCUGAGAGGUGCUGAGUGGGUCUCCUGCUCCUCGCCGGCCUUGCAUGGUGUGUCUGGGUGGGGAAUAGGCAUUGCCUCCUUCUGACUUCUGCAUCAGUGCAAAUGCAGCCAUUAUUACAAAAAUCUAGGUUAACUAUCCUGACCCCAUGGAGGCAUCUGCUGCUUUUCAGACAGAGAUCAGAAAGGUCAGCUGCAUUACUGAGAGGGAAAGCAUGGUAGGUAGCACAGCCCCGUGUAAUCCCUUCCCUUUAAUGCUGUUGUGUAAUACUGUCAGUAUUCAUUCACUGAUGCACUGGGGCCUGCCUGGAGUAAACAGCUAAGGGAAUUUAGAGCCAUAACCACGUUCAUUCAUCAGCAUUGCUUGUCUCCUGGCCACAGAUUGAACCCUGCAGUGUAGCUCUCUGCAGAUGUCACCUGCUGUUACUCCACUUGGCUGUUUGCAAAUCUCUUCCUGCAACAGACUGACCCAGCUAAGAGGAAAUCUAAGCAUUUGGGGUGAACCCCACCAUCCUCCCAGCAUAUGAGCAAACAGCACAUUGGUCUGGCACACUCAGUCCUUAGCUGGCAGUUCUUCAGAGGAGCCCCCUGCAUCCUGAGCUUCCCUUUGCUUGGAGGGAAAUGUGUGUGUGAUAAAAUAAGCUCUGUUUAAAAGUCUCAGUUUUGAUUCUCUCUUUCUUCCUCUCUAGAAAUGAGUAGUCCUCAACUUCCUGAAGACAGCUGAGUUGCUUUUCUCUGUGCUUUUUCAUCUUGCUUUGCGGUUCUACUCAACCAUCAGCCACUGGAUACUUGCAGAAAAGAGUCUUUAAGUGUUAUUAGGAGGCCUCUCAUCUCCACUGGCUGCCAGAGGUGCAGUUUCUGGUGGCAGAGAUCUCUAGGUGGGACGGCAGAAACGUGUGCAGCCCAAGUGGGCUGUUGUUCCCUUGCUGUCCCCUCACCUGGAGUGACCUGGCUGGGACACAUUCUGGCCAGUCACACUGGCUCUGUCCCAGUGCUGCAACAGCUUCAGCCUUCCCAGGAACACGAGGCAGAGCCCUCAGCAUACAAAGAAGGAGAGUCCUGGCUGGCUCGGAGGUUUGUCAGCAAAGGCUCUCAAUCUUCAAAAUCUCUCUCCUGCUCUGCAUUCCUCCUUCUAAUCCAUAUUACUUGAAUGAGACCAUUUUCCUGGAGGCUUUUUUCUGCUGGGAAGGGACCAGCUGCUGUGGAUGGUGAUUUGACACAAUUUUGAGAUUCCUAAACCCUGAGAAACACUAAGCAGUUGCUUGGCAGUCUGUUAAAUACCUUUUCUUAGUAUUAAAACUGUUUCCUCUACCCCAGUGAGGUCUGUUUCCACUUUGAAAUGGAGCAAACAAAAUGGGAAUGAUGUGACUGUCUGUGGCACUACCUUUGUGCACCUUCCUGUUGUCUCUUCGAAAUGUAAAACUGUGAGGUUUGAUCCAUUCUUGUCCUUGUAAGGGGUACAUUCUUUGAGAAGCACCCGGUCUUUGGCCCAGGCAGUGAAGCAUCCCAAGUAGUGUAGUGUGCCUGGCCCCAGCAGUAGCAGCUCCUUUCCUUGCUAAAUACAGAGGCUUUCUUUUCACACUGCUGUAUCCAAAUACUCCUCUGCAAUUCCUGUCUAUGGUCACUUCAGGUUACACACGUGAUCAGAUUGCUUGCACUCACUUUCCUUUCUGUAGUUACCACCCUCUUGGAGAUCCUUUUGCUCCUUAUUUGGCCAUAUAAAAGACCUGACAGGUUUAUUUCAGCCUCUUUCUAUAGACAGAUCCUUGCAUGGAACUCCUGGUGUAGAAGUCAAAGAUGCAGUGGUAAUUGCAACUGGUUUUUAAAUGCUAGUGAUGCUUCUGGGCUGUGCCAGGCACACUGAUGUCAGCAGGGUGAUGCUCACGUAGAAAUUGCAGGCCAAGAAGAACAAAGCCAGAGGAUUUUAAUAGCUUUACUCCUACUCUACCAAGGAAAUGGUAUUCAUACUGAAUACCUGGGUUAUUACUCCUCCACAUUGAGGCAACUGUAAGACUGAUUGGUUUAAGAAUUACUCUAACAUGUCUUUUAUGUAGAUUGCUGAAAGUUUCCUGUUGUAAUCAGUGUAGGUAAUUUAUAUAUUUUUACAUGAGUAUAUAAAAUUCCCAGGACUAACUCUGCAGAAUUUUUAGUGGCUUUUCAAGGUUUUCCAGUCCCAUAGUUUGACACCAACACCUGUACGUUUUCAGCUUGCUAUCAUGGUAAUUCUGGGAGCUGUUCUGGAAGAAGCAGAUCAAAGCAAACAGCAACUGUAAAGCUCAGUGGCAGGUGCCUCUUUCCUUUUUUUGGUUUCUGGAUACAGACAGGUGCUCUUUUAGGCAGAGGUAUCAUAACUGUGUUCUUGGAAGAAGAUGGGAAGUUGCUGUCUUCUCUUGACAGAAGUCCUCAUGGGUAAUUCUCCUACCUUUUAUCCAUGCUUGCUCCUUUUGUGGCCUUGGGUAAGUCACAUUUUCUGUGGUCAAGUCCUCAUCUGGUGUAAAAAGGCAAAAGCAUAUGAGGGCCAGUGCUAUGCCAAGUUAUUGCAGCAGGGGACCAGGCCCUCACCCCAUUUCUAAAAUAGGGUUAUUAGCACUUACCUACCUCACAAGGAUGCUGUGAGGAUUAAUACUCAUACAGCACUUUGAAGAUGUAAAGUGCUAUAUAAGUCCCAAGUAUUAUCCAACUUUAGUGUUAAAAAUGCUUUUAGGGAUCUUCAGGACUUCUCUUAAAGCAUGGAAUUGUGACUACCUUUUCAACUUGCAUCAGAUGCAAACGCAAAAGAUUUAUUCACACUGGUUAACAGGAUGGGCUCAGCUGCACUUGAACCCUGAGGAAGGUUUAGCUUAAAAAUCUGAACUCUAAUUUCAGUUUUGCAAAUGCUUUUUAGUUCUUCUAAAAGCCUCAACCAAAUUCUUAGAUGUGAACCCUGUAUCCAAAUCUCACAGUCUGGUCUUAUUCCUGAUUGUUAACUAGAAUAAAUCUAAUCCAGCCAAAACACAGUGUGCUCACAGUCUGCUAUGGCUGUUGAAAAGACUGGAACAGAAAAUGAAGUCGUCUUGUUCAACCUUCACUCUGCAGAAGGUCAGCUAGGUUUCAUGGGACAAACUGCAAAGGGGUGUUUAAUUUCUAUGAUUGUAGGUUUUACUGGCUUUAAAAUCAUCAGAGAGAGAAGGCCUUGAUGGAAUCAAUAAGCUCGGCACAUCCUUCUUGAAUUACUUUCUUUUCACCUGAAUCAAAGAAACAGCAGGUUCUGUAGCAAAGGAGGUGCUUGUACCACUAGUCCUACAGCCUGGAAAAAAAAUUGAUCUAGAAAUAUGGCUCUGAACCAUCACCAUGUUCUCAGCAAGGAUAAAAAAUGCCACUGUUCACUGAUUUGAAAUCUGGACCACAACUAGAAACUACUUAGUUCUAGUAGCACUAACUGCUGUACAAACACAAAUGAAGGCCAGGAAUUACACACCAAGGAACAUGAGCUGUGUACAUGUGAAAUGGACCAUAAUUUUGAAGCAGCUGCAGUUAAAUCUUAUCUUAAUAUGAACUCAGAAGCAAACACAAUGCAAAUUUUUAUGGUUUCUUUAAAAUAUGUGGUGGGUUUUAGUUUUCUUAGUUUGGAGAAAAUUUUCUUAAUGUUAUUUUAUUUUUGCUCUUAUUGUAAAGAAUAAAAAUAUAUAACUCUAGAUAGACUACAAAUGAAAAAAAGGUGGCCAAUUGGCAGGAAUGCCAAAACUUCUGUGGUUUGUAUUGUUUCUGUGGUGACACUAUGCUGCUGUAGGAUGAGCUACUGGAAUUGUGUGAUGUCUCAACAGUGAGGCUGAAGCACAGGGCCAGAUGGGUGGAAGAGUUGAGCCACCAAGACUGCAGCAGGAGCACAACUGGGGCAAUGUGGGUUGGUCAAAAUACGGAGCAUCAGGAAAUAAAAGACAAUAUUUCCUGACAGAAGAAAAACAAGAAACCAAAACCAGCCUGUUGGGCGACGGUUCUGAUUCACUACCAACAUACUUAUCUAGACCUUGCUGGUGCUGGCUCCUGCUGGACCAAGCCUUGCUCCUAAUUCAUCUGGGGAGGCUUGCUCCACAUCUACGGUGCUGGCAUGGUCAAGCCAGCAGAACUUGACCCUUUGUUAAAUAAAACUCAAAAACUAGCAAAAAACAACAAAACCAAUAACAAGAACAAAAAACCAAAAACAAAACCAAACCCACGAAAAACAAGGAAGGAAAAAGCAAAUGCCAUUGGGUAAGUGGGAGUUCUGCCUGGCUGAGAAUGCAGAGUGGCUGGUCUGUCCUGAACACUAAUCUCCAUGUCUUGGACCCAUUCAAGCCUCUUGCUCCAGCCCCUCUCCCACGCACUCCAGGCAGAGUGCACUGAAAGAUGUGACUGAAGCAGCUGCUCUCCUUUGGGGAGUCAAGCAUUUGCCAUGCCUGAAAGUCUUUAGUACUUACUUUCUUUACUGUGAUUGUAAAGGUCACCACAUACAGUACAGCCACUUAAUCUGGGAUCUUUUCUUAACACAUUUUUAUGCCGAUUUUACUGUUUUAAUUCUUUGUUUGGAAUGUAUUUUUUCUCAUUUCUUCUGUGUGUAACAGCAAUUAAAAUCAUUAAUUUACUGGGUAUUUUUACUGUGCAGAUACAA